UCCACCUGACGGCAAUGUGACAACAAUGUUUGAAUUAUUACAACGAGCUAUUUGGUUAACAAAUAACGGUGAUUUUAUUGGUGAACAAACAAGAAAUGGUACAUAUAAAUGGAUAACAUAUAAGCAGGUAUAUACCGCAUCACAUAAAGUUGGUUCUGCUUUAUUAGAACUUGGUAUUAAUGCAGGUGAAACUAGUCGAGUUGGUAUAGCUGGCUUUAAUUCAGCUCGUUAUAUCAUUGCUCAAAAUGCUUUGAUGAAUUAUUCCAUUGUAUUGGUACCAUUAUAUCAUAAUUAUAAUAUUGAGAUUCUAUGCACAAUUAUUGAACAUUGCAAUUUGGAAUUAAUUUUUUGUGAUACAAUUGAACGAGCCAAUAAAUUCAUUGUUGAAAUGCAACGAAAAGAAUUGAAAACGUUGAAAAAAAUUAUCAUUUUUAAUGAUUCAAAAGAGAAAAUUGAUCGAGAAUUAUGCAAACAAUCACAAAUUGAGGUUUAUAAUUGGAAUUAUAUAUUGGAACUUGGUGAUAAACAUCUAAAACCGGUUACACCACCAUCACCAUCCAGUAUUUAUAUCAUUUGUCAUACUAGUGGUACUACAGGUACACCAAAAGGUGUGCAAUUGUCACAUCGAGCAUUACUAGUUUCGAUGAGUGCGGUCUAUGUCCAAUGUUGUUUACCACCUCAUGAUAUUGUUUUUGAUCAUAAUGAUAUAUAUCUAUCAUUCUUAUCACCUGCACAUAUUUAUGAGCAAUUACUUGAGCCUUAG